AGCCCGCCGCCGUCUUCAGCCUUCCCUCGCCUCCUCCUCUCCUCUGCUUCCUCACAUGGCGGCCGUCUCGUUCCACCCCGCGCCAAUCUGCGGCGGAAACGCCUCCUCGAAGCUCGGCGAUGGCUUCCCGAAGCUUCUCGCCCUCCCGGCGAAGCUGCUCUCGCCGGCCGCCGGGUCGUCCCGCCGCCGCCGCUCGCGCGGGGAGCUGGCGGUGGCGUCCGCGGGGAGCGUCGACAAUCCAAUCGCCGCCGCCGCCGACAACGCCCCAUUAUCCGUCCCCAACCCUCCUCCUGUCGCUCGGCCCAAGGUGAGGAGGCAUACGAUUUCCGUGUUUGUUGGUGAUGAGAGUGGAAUGAUAAAUCGGAUUGCUGGAGUCUUUGCGAGGCGGGGAUAUAAUAUUGAGUCCCUCGCUGUUGGUCUGAACAAGGACCGGGCCCUCUUCACCAUAGUUGUUUCAGGAACUGAAAGGGUCUUGCAGCAAGUUAUGGAGCAGCUUCAGAAGCUCGUGAAUGUGUUGAAGGUUGAAGAUAUAUCUAAAGAACCCCAGGUUGAGCGUGAAUUAAUGCUCAUAAAAGUCAGCGCCGAACCCGAACAUCGUCCUGAGAUUAUGUGGUUGGUGGACAUCUUUAGAGCACAGAUCGUGGAUAUUUCAGAGCACUCCUUAACAAUUGAGGUAACGGGAGAUCCAGGAAAGAUGGUGGCGGUGCAAAGAAACUUAAGCAAGUUUGGCAUCAGGGAAAUUGCAAGAACUGGAAAGAUUGCUCUUAGAAGGGAAAAAAUGGGCGCAUCUGCUCCAUUUUGGCGAUUUUCAGCUGCUUCCUAUCCAGAUUUGGAAGGAACCAUUCCUGCUGAUUCUGUAAUUGCAGGUGCUAGAGAUAGAACAGUUCCUGGUGAAACUGAUGCAUAUGUUGGGGGAGAUGUUUAUCCAGUGGAGCCAACUGAUGGUAUCCGUGUCAAUCAAGUGCUUGAUGCCCAUUGGGGCGUUCUCAAUGAUGAAGACAUGAGUGGACUUCGGUCACACACUCUAUCAAUGCUCGUUAAUGAUGCUCCUGGAGUUCUCAAUAUCAUUACGGGUGUCUUUUCAAGAAGGGGAUAUAACAUUCAGAGUUUAGCUGUGGGACAUGCAGAAGUGGAAGGACUCUCUCGCAUUACAACUGUGGUUCCUGGUACCGAUGAAUCAAUCAGCAAGUUGGUACAGCAACUUUAUAAGCUGGUAGAUCUCCAUGAGGUUAAGGAUAUGACUCACAUACCGUUUGCUGAACGUGAGUUGAUGCUGAUAAAGAUUGCUGUAAAUGCUGCUGCUCGGAGAGAUGUCCUUGAUAUUGCCAGCAUUUUCAGGGCAAAGGCCGUUGAUGUGUCUGACCACACAAUUACUCUUGAGCUUACAGGAGAUCUGGAUAAGAUGGUUGCGCUGCAGAGGCUGUUGGAACCAUAUGGCAUUUGUGAGGUAGCUCGAACUGGGAGAAUAGCAUUAGUACGUGAGUCGGGCGUUGAUUCUAAGCACCUGCGUGGAUACUCUUUUCCACUGUGAGUUAUGAAGCUAGUCAUGCUAAUGGGAAGUGCGAUGCGAACAAUGGUUAUCUGCCAAUUUCCAGGGAUCCUAGAGUAGUUACGUUAUAUCAAUGCAGAAGAAGUAACUUACAAUGAGCAAUGUAGAAUUUCCAUGUGUUGUCCUACGUACCGCACGUGUGGAUGGAGUUUUGCAUCUUUAGUGAGGGAACAGAAAUUUGCAUACUAGAAGUCUGGAAGUUCUUGUAAAUGGGUUGUUUGUCUUUCA